AUGAAAUGCUUGUAGAAAGGGUUUCCAAUACUUACUUCUUUCGUGUAUAUAUAGGAAUCACUUAAUCGCUUACACCAACUUGUCAAUUAAUUAAAAUUUCAAUUUCAAUCAAAGUUGCAGUCUUUAUCUCUCUCUCUCUCUAGCUACAACUGAAAGGAUUGAAAGAUGGGUCAAGCAUUAGGAUGCGUUCAAGUUGAUCAGUCCAAUGUUGCUAUCAAAGAGCACUUUGGAAAAUUCGCUGAUGUUUUGGAACCUGGAUGUCAUUGUCUGCCUUGGUGUCUUGGUUACCAGAUUGCUGGUGGAUUAUCGCUUCGUGUUCAGCAACUUGAUGUUAAAUGCGAGACGAAAACUAAGGAUAAUGUCUUUGUGAAUGUGGUUGCAUCUGUACAAUACCGUGCUGUGGCUGACAAAGCGUCUGAUGCCUUUUAUCGGCUCACCAACACAAGGGAACAGAUCCAAUCAUAUGUUUUUGAUGUUAUAAGGGCCAGUGUGCCGAAGUUGGAAUUGGAUGCUGUCUUUGAGCAGAAGAAUGAUAUUGCAAAGGCUGUUGAAGAGGAGCUUGAGAAGGCGAUGUCAAUGUACGGAUAUCAGAUAGUCCAGACUCUCAUUGUUGAUAUUGAGCCUGAUGUUAAUGUCAAGAGAGCAAUGAACGAGAUCAAUGCAGCUGCAAGAAUGAGGUUGGCUGCGAACGAGAAGGCUGAAGCAGAAAAGAUAUUGCAGAUCAAGAAAGCUGAAGGAGAAGCUGAGUCCAAAUAUCUGUCAGGACUCGGUAUAGCUCGCCAACGUCAAGCAAUUGUUGACGGACUGAGAGACAGCGUGCUUGCAUUCUCAGAGAAUGUUCCCGGAACAACUGCUAAAGAUGUCAUGGACAUGGUGUUGGUGACUCAAUACUUCGACACCAUGAAGGAAAUUGGUGCAUCCUCAAAAUCGUCAUCUGUGUUCAUUCCACAUGGUCCUGGUGCUGUCAGGGACAUUGCUGUGCAGAUUAGAGAUGGUCUUCUUCAGGGAAAUGCUGCAAACUUAUAAGUGCUUAUUGGAGUUAUUAUAAACAGCAUAUAUUAUAUAGUAAUGCUUCUUAUGUUUGAAUGCUUUGCAUUUUUAUACUUAUAUUUUAGAGAUGAAUAUAAUACUCUAGUUUUAAAGUCUGAGUGGUAAUUUGCAAUUUUUCAGUCUUUAUUUGUUAAUACACUACUAUUAGAGGAUUAUUAUUACUUUUCAAGAAUAUUUUCUAUUGUUCCUAUUUUAUAAAAGAAAGUGUAAAUUCUUAAUUGUCUAU